AUGGAAGCCGUCGGCGUCGCUCCUGCACCCCUGGCGGCGCCGGUGAAGAAGAAGCUCCUUGACCUGGAGAAACCUUUCCCCGCCGCCGCCGCCGCGAACGGCGCGAAGGCGUCACCGGCGGGGAAGUGGGCGAUGAAGAAGAAGCUGGUGGGCGGCGACGCGGGCUACGUCCUCGAGGACGUCCCGCACCUCACGGAUUAUCUGCCCGAGCUCCCGACUUUCCCGAAUCCCCUCCAAGACAAUCCGGCGUAUUCGGUCGUCAAGCAGUAUUUCGUCAACCCAGACGACACCGUCACGCAAAAGAUUGUUGUUCAUAAGACCAGUGCGAGGGGCACUCACUUCCGGCGUGCCGGGCCGCGGCAGAGGGUGUAUUUCCAGUCCGAUGAGGUGAACGCGGCCAUUGUCACCUGCGGAGGCCUCUGCCCCGGGCUGAACACGGUCGUCCGCGAGCUUGUUUGCGGGUUGUAUGAUAUGUAUGGUGUCACCAGCGUUGUUGGCAUAGAGGGUGGAUACAAGGGUUUUUAUUCCAAAAAUACUAUUCCAUUGACUCCGAAAUCGGUGAACGACAUCCACAAGAGAGGUGGGACUGUCCUUGGAACUUCAAGAGGAGGGCAUGACACUGCCAAAAUUGUCGAUUGUCUUCAGGACCGUGGUAUUAACCAGGUUUAUAUUAUUGGAGGUGAUGGUACUCAGAAAGGUGCUUCUGUAAUUUAUGAGGAAGUCCGUAGACGAGGCCUCAAAUGUUCCGUUGUUGGUGUCCCGAAGACUAUCGAUAAUGACAUCGCGGUGAUUGACAAAUCUUUUGGAUUUGACACUGCCGUGGAGGAGGCCCAGAGAGCCAUCAAUGCUGCACAUGUCGAGGCUGAAAGUGCAGAAAAUGGCAUUGGUGUUGUGAAGCUAAUGGGCCGCAACAGUGGGUUUAUUGCAAUGUAUGCUACUCUAGCCAGUCGCGAUGUGGAUUGUUGUUUAAUCCCAGAGUCACCCUUCUACCUUGAAGGGAAGGGAGGGCUCCUUGAGUUCAUCGAGAGACGGCUCAAGGACAAUGGUCACAUGGUCAUUGUGGUGGCUGAGGGUGCGGGGCAGGAUCUCAUCGCGAAAAGCAUGAAUUUCGUGGACACUCAAGAUGCCUCUGGAAAUAAGCUGCUUCUGGAUGUUGGCCUUUGGCUAUCCCAGAAGAUAAAGGAUCAUUUCAAGAAGAAGCCCAACUUCCCCAUAACUCUCAAAUACAUCGACCCGACUUACAUGAUCCGUGCUGUCAAAUCAAACGCAUCCGACAACGUCUACUGCACCCUGCUGGCUCAUAGCGCCCUCCAUGGCGCCAUGGCGGGGUACACUGGCUUCACCGUCGCUCCGGUCAACGGCAGACAUGCCUACAUCCCAUUCUAUAGGAUCACCGAGAAGCAGAACAAGGUGGUGAUCACGGACCGGAUGUGGGCGAGGGUGCUGUGCUCGACGAACCAGCCCUGCUUCCUGAGCCACGAGGACGUGGAGAACAUGAAGCACGACGACGACGAGCAUCACCUGCACAACACGCAGCUCCUGGAAGGCGAGAGCUCGCCGAUGAAGAACUCGGCCAAGUGCAAUGGGUCGGCAGCGGGAGUGUGAGGGGCACGAGGAUAUAGUAUUACGCAUGUAAUUAUAGAUGAUCAUUUGGUUUUGGGUGCUGGCGUUGUAGAGAGACAGACCUCUAUGAUAGAAUUGAAUCUACUGUGAGCAUUUCGUAAUAACAUGCUUCGCCACAGUAAGCUCAGUUUUGUUCUUGAA